AUGGCUCUUGCGCCUAAAAGCGAAGUGUGGAAGUUUUAUGUAAGAAUAAACGACAAAAUAGCAAAAUGCAAUGUUUGCGGAAAUAAUAUAAAAACAAGCGGAAAUACCACAAAUUUAAAAUGCCAUAUAAAAACAAAACACAAAAACAUUUUCGAAGAACACUUUAAUCGCUCAAAUCAAAAUAACACACGAGUAGCUUCAAGUUUAGAAACACCAAGUGAAGCAGCAAUUGAAAUCGGAAAUAAAUCCACGAGUUCGACUUCCACAUCCCUAACCGCAUCUUCCUCAAGAGCAAGCACGUUAAGCCCAAGUCCUUCGAUUGCCAGUACCAGCUCGGGGUCCACGUGUAUUUCUGUUAGUAAUUAUAAGCAGUAUGGUUCCCUAAACCAAAGCUUCGCCAACAUCAGUUCGUUUCGAGAAGGAGGAAAUAAAAACUCCAAAAUAACUGAUGGGAUUCUGUUUAUGAUUUGUCGCGAUAGCGAACCAAUAUCGGUCGUCGAAAAUGAGGGCUUCCAAUAUCUUAUGAAAUUAGUUGCUCCCUUAUAUAAAAUUCCAUCGAGAAGGACUUUCGACGAAUUACUCGAUAAGAAAUACGAAUUUGUUUCCAAUAUGUUAAAAGAAAAAUUGCCAGGAGUAACAGCCUAUUAUGUUCCAAAUGAUACUGACGACCUAAAACUUCAGGGUGUCACACUAGGGGUUUAUGAAUUAGAAGAAAGGCACACAGGAGAAAAUUUAGCACAAAAACUGAAGGAAAUAUGCACCAAGUGGAACAUCAAAGAUGAUGUCGUUAUUGCUGUCGUUACUGAUGGAGGGAGUAAUAUGAUUAAGGCUGUAGAAUUGGCUUUCGACAAGAAAAGACACACCUAUUGCUUUGCCCACCUACUAAAUCUUCUGGCUCAAAAGUCCAUUGAAUCUCUCCCUCAGCUAAAUAGUUUACUGGAACAAGUGAAGACUAUAGUCAGCUGGUUUAGAAGCAGUGUAAUUGGAAGCGAUGAGCUUAGAAAGAGGACUGUCAAUUCUACUGAAAAGACUUUAAUUCAAUUGGUUUCCACAAGAUGGAAUUCCACGUAUUAUAUGAUGGAACGAUUUUUGGCGCUUCGGGAAAUCGUAAGCAGUAUUAUAAACUUUAAUACAACAGCUCCACCAAUGAUAACAGCGAAGGAUGUAGAAUUCCUUCAGGAUUUUGUAUUACUUUUUAAGCCAAUCGAAGUUGCUACUAAAGAAGCAUGUGGUGAGAAAUUCGUUACGUCGAGUAUGAUCAUUCCGAUCGUACGCCUUUUAAGAAAAAAAAUAUCUGAAGCUUCAAUCACAACGGACCUAGCAAAAUCCCUGAAGAAUAACAUCUUUGCGGAAUGGAAUAAACGAUUUCUUAACAUUGAACACAACCAGCUUUUUGCAACAGCAACAAUAUUAGAUCCUCGCUUCAAAAAUUUGCAUUUCGACGAUAAAGCGGCAUUAGGCAGUGUUAUACGGAAACUAUCAAAUGAAUUGAGAAAAGACUUAAUCGAGUCAGAAUCCGAUAGCGAUGCACCUUUUCAUUCUUCUGGGUCCAAAGAAAAUGAAUACAGAAUAUGGGACGAUCAUCAUAAAAUGGUUCAGGAAGCUUGGAAAUCUCGAAAAAAAUCCAGAAUAGUCGAGGAACUAGAUACACCGAAUUCGAUACCACCCGAAUUUUCAGUUUAUUUGAAACAGCCUGUAGUACGACUUAAGGUGGUAGUCUGGUAA